UCUAUUGAUAUCAAAGCAAAGGUUAAUAAUGGGCUUAGGAAUCUUCAAAAACCAAUAUUUCUAAAAUUAAAACAUAGAUUACCUGAUAUUUGUUAUUGGUGGGAGGUGAUACGUAUCGUGUGAAAUUAGUUGAGGUGUCCUUGACACUAUGGUUAUCAAGAAAUAAACUAAAAAAUGUAGAUUAUCACAAAGUUGCAUGGCAUUUUUGUGUUGGUGAGACUUCAUAGGAACUCAUGACAGUUGAGAUGUGCGCAAGCUGACUCGAUUCAUUGAAAAAAGACACCUAGAGGUUCUUAUUGUUUGCUUUACUAGUAAAUAGGAGCAUUGAUUUUUCAAUAUGACCUUUUGAAGCUUGAUAGUGUUACAAGCAUCAACCUAGAUGUUAAAAAAAUUACUUUUUGAAGUUUUAGACUGUUUUUCCUUGAGCCCGGGGUCUAUCGGAAACAUAUUUUCUAUCUUUGAGGUAGAGGUAAGGUCUACGUGCACUCUACCCUCCGCAGAUUCUACUUUGUCGGACUACACUGGGUAUGUUGUUGUAUACUGUUUUCCAUUUUAUCUCUUAAACCGGAUAUGUGAUCUCUUCUUCUUCUUUUUUUCCUUUAGUCAGAAUGAUGUUUCUUGAUGAGAUGGAUUUAUCUCUUUGGGAUCCACCUGAAAAUCAAGUCUACACAGAUGUAAGCAGCUAUGCAAGAUGGGAGUAUAACUUGUAUUUCGAUCCGAGGCUUGACGUGAUCGAGGCAGAUGCUUUAAACAAGAAAUCAUGUCUGCAAGUGUUGGAGAUACAGGAAAACAAAGCUGAUUCAGAAAUUCGAGAAGUUGAAGUUGAUGAACUUAUGCUCCAGAGACAAGUUGCCCGUGAAGAUAAUACGAGUCUUGCUGCAUCGAAUAAGGAAAUUGUUAACCUGGAGAGCACGCUAAAGACUUCACAGAAUGAGAAUCAGCUGCUUGCAGGAACAACUCUAGAGGAGAGACAUGCUGCAGAACAAGCAACCAAAGUACAUAGCAGCAAAUCAACAGAAAAUGAAGUGAUGGCUGUUCAGAAUUAUGAUCCAUCUGGAGAGAAGGGAAAAGAAGUGGUGCUUGCAGGAACAACUCUAGAGGAGAGACAUGCUGCAGAACAAGCAACCAAAGUACAUAGCAGCAAAUCAACAGAAAAUGAAGUGAUGGCUGUUCAGAAUUAUGAUCCAUCUGGAAUGAAGGGAAAAGAAGUGGUGCUUGCAGGAGCAACUCUAGAGGAGAGACAUGCUGCAGAACAAGCAACCAAAGAUCAUAGCAGUAAAUCAACAGAAAAUGAAGUGAUGGCUGUUCAGAAUUAUGAUCCAUUUGGAAAAGAAGUGGUGCUUGCACGAACAACUCUAGAGGAGAGACAUGCUGCAGAACAAACAACCAAAGAACAUAGCAGUGAAUCAACAGAAAAUGAAGUGAUGGCUGUUCAGAAUUACGAUCCAUCUGGAAUGAAGGGAAAAGAAGUGGUGCUUGCAGGAACAACUCUAGAGGAGAGACAUGCUGCAGAACAAGCAACCAAAGAACACAGCAGUAAAUCAACAGAAAAUGAAGUGACGGCUGUUCAGAAUUAUGAUCCAUCUGGAAUGAAGGGAAAAGAAGUGAUGCAUGCUGGAACUGUUCGUACUAUAGGAGGCACACAACCCAGUCUAUGGAAUUCUAUGAUUGGUGAAAGAAGGGAUCCACAAAGAAAGUUAAUGGGUGGAGGUGAAUACAACGGUGACAACGCCAUCACGAGAACUCAACAACAACUGGCUGGAGCCAAAAGAAGUGGUGAUUUUGCAGGCAUUAGUUCAACUUCUCAGCUCCACUUUAGAAGGAGGAGCGAAACAAGUUUAUUCGCACCACUCUUCCAUGAGAAUAACAAUCUGAGGAAUGCUCAAAAUAUGUUGGUAAGAUCAUAUGACAGAACAAGUCAAGUGCCUUGGAAUGUUCAUAAUGCUGAAGUUGUUUUUCCCAUGGCAUCUCUUACCCCAUCUUCUCGUAUGGCAUGUAUCGAUAACAUGUCACUGGUUCAACUCAAAGCCUUGGCAAGUCAACUCAAUAUAGUUGGUGUGUCCAAAACUCGAAAGGCUGACCUGCAACAACUGCUUCGCACUAAGCUGCAAGCUCAAGAUUGGCCAUGACAACAAUCUCUCUGUUCUUUUAA